UGGCGGAAGUGGAGCAGGAAACUCAAAACUAUGAGGAGUCCACAGAUGAAUCUGAGGAAUACAAGUGGUUUGUUCCAUACUCUCUGCUGUAGAGACAAAUGUAGGAAAAACGGAAAAUUAUGGAAAAGCUCAGCAGGGAGGAAGAAAGCGAAGAGGAGCCGAAGCUUAAGUAUGAAAGACUGGGGAAUGGAGUGACAGAAAUCCUGCAGAAAGAUGCAGCAAGUUGUAUGAUCGUGCACGAUAAGUUUUUAGCACUGGGGACACACCAUGGCAAAGUCUAUUUGCUGGAUAUCCAGGGAGACGUGACGCAACACUUCGACAUUAGCUCUGUGAAGGUGAAUCAAAUUAGCUUGGAUGAAAGUGGAGAAUAUAUCGGAAUUUGUUCAGAAGAUGGCAAGGUCCAAGUGGUUGGAUUGUACACCAGAGAAGGAUUUCAUGAAAGCUUUGACUGCCCUAUAAAAAUAGUGGCUCUCCACCCACAGUUUAGCAGAUCAAGCAGCAAGCAAUUCGUCACCGGGGCAAAUAAGCUGCUGCUAUAUGAACGGAACUGGUUGAACCGGUGGAAAAUGACAGUGAUACACGAAGGAGAAGGCACUGUAACAAAUGUCAAAUGGAGGGGCAGCCUCAUUGCAUGGUCGAACGGUGUGGGAGUCAAGAUAUAUGAUGUUAAUUCAAAGCAGCGAAUCACAAAUAUCGCUCGAGACAACACAGACUUUCGCCCGGAUAUGUAUCUCUGCAGCUUGUGUUGGAAGGACAACAUAACGCUCAUUAUUGGCUGGGCAACAUCUGUCAAGGUUUGUAUGGUGAAGGAGCGUGAUCCAACUGAUCUCAGAGACUUGCCCAGUCGUUAUGUUGAAAUCGUGUCUGCAUUUGAGUCGGAGUUUUACAUCAGUGGGCUGGCACCGCUUGGUGAGCGUCUUGUUCUCCUAAUGUACGUGAAGGAGACCUUGGAGCAGACGCAGGACAAUGAACAGUGUGCAAGGCCACGGCUGGACAUCAUCCACCACUUGCCUGAUUCGUAUGAGGAGAUAUCCUCUGAUGCCCUGUCUGUGAGAGGUUUCCAAGAGAAUGAAUGCAGAGAUUACAGUUUGGAGCACUCCAAUGGCGAAUCGCUGUUUUACAUCAUCAGCCCAAGAGACAUUGUAGUGGCCAAGGAGCGGGACCAAGAUGACCACAUUGAAUGGUUGCUGGAGAAAAAGAAAUAUGAAGAAGCUAUGAUGGCAGCUGAAAUCAGCCAGAAGAAUAUAAAAAGACACAACAUACUGGAUAUUGGCAGGGCCUAUAUAAACUACCUAGUGGACAAAGGAGAUUACCAUGGUGCUGCGAGAAAAUGUCAGAAGAUUCUUGGCAAAAACAUGGAUCUCUGGGAAAAUGAAGUGUAUCGAUUUAAAAAAAUAGGCCAGCUUAAAGCAAUUAGUAGAUACUUGCCCAGAGGUGACCUGCGCCUGAGGCCUGCUAUAUAUGAAAUGAUUCUGUACGAGUUCUUGGAGAGUGAUUAUGAGGGGUUUGCAUCCUUGAUAAGAGAGUGGCCAGGUGACAUAUAUAAUAAUAUGGCCGUAGUCCGCUCCGUCUUGGAUCAUUUGGAUGGGGCUCCAAAUAAUCGAACCCUGCUGACAACUCUAGCGGAAUUGUACACGUAUGACCAGCGUUAUGAUAAAGCCCUCGAAAUUUACUUAAAGCUGCGACAUAAAGAUGUCUUCCAGCUCAUACACAAGCACAAUCUCUUUAGUUCCAUAAAGGAUAAAAUAGUUCUCCUCAUGGAAUUUGAUAGAGAGCAAGCAGUCAACAUGCUCCUGGACAAUGAAGAUAAAAUUUCAAUUGACAAAGUUGUGGAGGAGUUAAAGGACCAACCUGAGCUGCAGCAUGUGUACUUGCAUAACCUAUUCAAGAGGGAUCACCAUAAAGGACAGCGGUUCCACGAGCAGCAGAUCAGCCUGUAUGCUGAAUACGAUCGUCCAAGUCUGCUGCCGUUCCUGAGAGACAGCACCCACUGCCCACUGGAGAAAGCUCUUGAAAUUUGUCAGCAGCGGAACUUUGUUGAAGAGACAGUUUUUCUUUUAAGUAGGAUGGGCAAUUGCCGCCGUGCGUUGCAGAUGAUAACUGAGGAACUGCAAGAUGUAGACAAGGCUAUUGAGUUUGCCAAGGAACAGGAUGAUGCUGAGCUCUGGGAGGACCUUAUCUCCUACUCCAUUGACAAACCACCCUUCAUUACUGGUCUGUUGAAUAAUAUUGGGACCCAUGUUGAUCCAAUCCUCUUGAUUCAUCGAAUAAAGGAAGGCAUGGAGAUCCCUAACCUACGAGAUUCACUGGUGAAGAUCCUUCAGGAUUACAACUUGCAGAUUCUACUGCGGGAGGGAUGUAAAAAGAUUAUCGUUACUGACUGCUUGGCAUUGUUGAAGAAAAUGCAUAAAACCCAAAUGAGAGGUGUUUGUGUUGAUGAAGAGAAUAUUUGUGGUUCAUGCCAUUCACCCAUUUUGCCUGCAGAUGCUGCAAAAACAUUCAGUGCAGUGGUCUUUCACUGCAGGCAUAUCUUUCACAAGGAUUGCCUUCCUUCUCCUGGCAUGUUCUGUAACAUCUGCAGUGCAAAAAAUCGAGGGCCUGCCAGUGGAAUGAGUGAAGUUUAAACUGAGGUGCAUUUGACUAACAACUACUAAUCUACAAACCUUUGCUGAUUUGUUGUAAUGCAAGUUAUUUCCAUCAAAUGUUGUUCGACAAGCAUCAAUGCUAGUACUUGUAUGAAUGUCAGAUAUUAACUGCUAAUAAAAAUUAUUAACAUCUAACUUCUUACACUGAAUCCACUUGCUGAACCCAUAUGAUUUUAUCUAAAAUGCAGAUAACAACUGUGUAUCCGUCCCUUGGAACUCUUGUGUCUUAUGCUCAUCAGCUUAGAAUUAUUCAGAAAUGUUCUGCGGUUUGUCGAAGAUGCAACCAAGUUAAACUUUAUUUGCAUUGAUCAUAUCUGUCAUUGUUCUAUUGUAUUUGCUGUGAGCUGCACAUGAUAUCUUGCAGAAACCAUAAGCAUGUAUGAAAAAUCCUAUGAUUAAACAUGGAAAUGGAGAAUUA